AUGGAGGUUGCUACGUUCAAUGCGCAGAAGGACGUGGAAUGGCCCCGCUGCAUCCCGAGCAUACCGGAGCUUACGGUCCAGGAGAUCUUAUACAUGGACGACUCUCUCAUAUGGAGCGGGUCCAAAUCAGACACACAGAAGAAGUACAACAUCCUUCGCCGACACCUUGCAGAAUGGGGUUUAUCCCUAAACACGGACAAAACGAAGUACUAUGCAAGCACACACAGCACCGAAAAAGGGCCCAUCGAGCUAGAAGGUUGCUUGAUCUACCCGGCCCCUUCGCUGGAAGUAUUUGGCAUACCCCUGGAAGUCCCACUCAGACCCACCAAGCUGAUGGACACAGCCCUGACAAAGGCGCAGAACAAAUUCUUUGCUAACAAGGAGCUCUUCCUGGCCCGUGGUCCCCUAGCCAAAAAGCUUACAGUCUUCCAGAGUGUGGUCGCAGGGGCGGCGCUUUGGUAUUGCCCGGCCAUCAGUCCCACAGUGCAGGCCAUGGGUGCCCUCAACGCAUGCCAACUUGAGCUGGUAGCCAAGCUGGCCAGAAUCAAGCGAAUUGGGGGUACAGAGGGCAUGUCAGCAGAAGCUUUCAGCGGACAUUCCCACCAGCUAGUUCCAUCCUGCAGAGAUGCAGAGACCGAGACUGGUGGCAACGACAGAGGAGUCUACUACCCGUACUUACACAACGACGAAGCGCGGGUCAUACGAACCUGCCACAACCAGGAGUGGCAUGAA